GAUGGCAUCCGAUAUCCCAAAUAGGUAAUUUCCCUACUCGAAUCGACGACUAAUUAUUUGUACUCAGUUUCCCCGGAAUUCGGAACCUUUAUGCGCCAUCUGCCCAUUUCUGCUCGAUUAGAUCUGAUCCACAACAUGGUCAUCUCACAUAUACUUGGAUGUAACUGCAAAACAAAGAGAGCAGCCACAGGUUGGGAAAAUUGAGCAUUUGUUUACGCUUUUUUUUGGGACCCUCAGGAUGCUGUUAAUCAACCCUCCUCACUGCGCGCAUCGACGAUAUUGACGACGCCACCAUGUGUGUCUGGACUCUGGCGAUAUUCAAUUAUGUCUUAUAUUUCCCCGCCUUCUCUCUGGGGACGGAAAGCAAAAUAACAUGUUGGCUCUCGAGCAGGCGGCAUCAUGCCAUCGUCAUUGGUGGUGCGAUGUUUCUGCGUUGACCGUGCAUAUUAUUUGCAUCCGAGUCUUGGCCUUUCUCACGCGAUGAAUGUCACCUGCUGCAAUAUAUUGAAACGUGAGGAGGAAAAAGGAGAAGAAUAACGAGUAGAAAGCCCGUUUUUAUUCGGAGGCUCGGAUCCGUAGGUAUACGGAGUAUAUUGCACUAGGUAAGCGCUAAGAUUUGGAACACCAAAGCCGAAAAGUAAGUCCUCCCAGCCUCCUAUACUGAAUCGACUUCGUUCUGGACCCUCGCAACACCAACAUAAAAACACCACUUCCGUCUCCCAUUGACGGUUCCUCACAGAUCCUCUCAAUGCAUCUCUCCCAGAGCAAGAUCUCCCCACAGCAAAGGCAAUAAACACUCAAUCUCACCCAGUGCGUCACCAGAUCGCCCCCUCGAAAAGAAGAACAAAGAACGAGAACAAGAAGCAAUCACUCCGCCACCACUUCUCUCAAGAUGCUGCUCAACCACACCAACGGCCCAAUAACCUCCCUCAUCCUCCUCAUCGCCUUACUCCUACCCACCGUCUCGGCCCACGGCAAAAUCGAGGGCAAUCUGCAGUGCGGCGUCUGGAUGGCCCCCCUCGAGGCUGACACGGCAGCCAAGCGGAUCAUGCUGCACACCGUCGCCGAGGCGGCCAUCCAUCGCCUGUGCCACGCCGACCGGGCCGACUGCCUGGGCUCGGCCGACUUGCUGCACAACUUUUGCUUCGAUGAGGAGUGGAGCGACGACGGAUCCACGCACGUCAUGAUCGACAUCAGCACGAGGAAUGGGGUGAGGCAGGACAAGAUUGAUGUUCACGAUUGUCUGGAAUUAUUUGGCAAUGUUUUGAAAGGUUGCGUUGAGAGCAAGUGGCAGGAGGGAACUUUCACAGAUGUGAAUGGGGACAGGAUUGUCAACAUUGUGUACGAGCAGGAGUGCGACUCUUCCCCCACGGGGCUGUGUGGAUGAUGACGAUGAAGGAGUAAACGAGUUUAUGAUUUGAUGAGGAAAUUUCUAUUGUAAUCUAAUGAUGUAAGAUGAGUCCGAGUUCCAAGUCUCGUUCUCAAGAUCAGCUAGGAAAUGACAACUGCCCAAACAGAUAAUUCCAGAUGGCAAUACCCCAGAAAUAAACAAAGGAAAGCUCAUAAUAGUCUAGAGUCGUGUAGGCAUAGUG